AUGGGGACCUGGAAGAAGCGAGUCUCAGAGCAAUUCCGAAGUGAAAUAAAAGACAUUAAAACACUUCAGUUCUGGAGAGCCGUAUGCGCAGAAAUGAUAGGAACGUUUAUUCUCUUGGCUACCGGUUUGUUGCUGACGGUUGCACUAGCUGACUGUCCCAAGUAUGUUACGACGUUAGGAGUAGCGGUAGGAAUGGGUUUCUGUGUGUAUUGUAUUAUGGCUUCUAUUGGUCACGUCAGCGGUGCACACAUCAACCCUGCAGUGAGUCUGGCACUCCUCAUUUCUAUGCAGUUCACGCCUCUGAAAGCGCUGAUAUAUGUCGUUGCCCAGUGUACCGGAGCAGUUUUGGGAUCGUGGCUGCCUAAAGCGUUGGUUCCACCCGGUCGUCAGAUCAGCGGCUACGUACGGCAUCAUCAUGAAGUGACCCUGGCACAAGCUUUUGGAAUUGAAGUGUUUAACACAUUUUUCGUGGUUUUCAUUGCUCUGGGGUCUAUUGAUACCCACUAUCACCCAUAUGACCCAUCCUGGGGACUGCCUAUCGGACUGUCGGUGACAAUAGCCAUCGUUACCGGGGCAGAUUUAUCUGGUACGAUGUUGAACCCAUGUAUAUCAUUUGGACGUUCCUUCAUAGCUGGCGAGUGGGAGCAUAGUUGGCUGUACUGGGUCGGCCCUAUUACUGGAGCAUGCCUAGCCACGUUCAUUUACCACUACAUAGUCAGACAGGGUGGGACACCAAUACAGAGAAAAGACAGUGGGAUUUUAGGAGAAGAUACUGGAUCAAAUAAAGAACAUCAUCACGGAAACUGGGUUGCAGACGAGUUUAUCAGUCGACAUGCGUGCAGCAAGUGCAAGACUUUGCAUCACAAAAUGUCAUCAAGCGCACUCUUCACUAUUCCGGAAAAAAAUGAUGUGAACGAAGAGGAACGGUUAACUUCAAUGUGACCCGCUGAAGCACCUCAACUGUCAGAAGAGCCUAAACUGUCAGAAGAGCCUAAACUCUCCAACAAGAAACAUGACAAAACACUGAGUCACCAACUCGGUUGAAAAUCAGGUAUCCUUGAACUUUACGUGCAACAUCUUCGAGGAACAGACAAAAUACAACUCUCUCUCUCAAAAGUUUAGGAAUAUCUUGUUUAUACUCUAUAUUAAAGCAAAUAAUUAAUUUUAUUCACCGUGAUUGAAUGUUACAUGUAAGGGUGAUAAAACCAUUGCAUAACCCUACGGAGUCUACACCAAAUACUGUUUUAUUAAUAAGUAACUUACACCUGUUGCACCGCUUGAUGUUUAUUAAAAUGAAUAACUAUUGAUUGUUCGAAUCAAUAGUUAUUCAAGUCCUAUUGUUCGUUUUUUUGUACUAUUUUACACAUAGAUUUUU